AAAGAAAAUCGUGGAAAAGCUCUAUUCGAUUUUGAGCAUAUAUAUGUAUAUAAAUAUAUAUAUAUUAUUUAUGCACAUACAUAUAUAAAUAUACAGUGAAAGGUGCUUGGUGAUCGUAAUUAUCGCACAACAACGGCGCAAUCAAUAACUCAGACAGAGCAGCUGGCGAACGCCCGCACUUGCGCGCCACAGGAGCAGCCGCCACCAGCAACUCGCGGAUAGUUCGGUUGUCUGCUUACGUUCAAUUGUGGUCGCGCUGUUUAGACCGUCGCACAUAAUUGUGUUUACUUGAGUCAAAGCUACACACAUACAUAUGUAUCUAAAUCCAUACAUACAUGCACAAGCAUAUAAAAAUACUCUGAAUAUUUUCAGUGAACUCACAGACAAGAAGUCACACACCAUAAUUUUCAAAAAUUGAUAUUUUGCUUCAAAUGGAAAUGAAAAAGAAUAUGAAUAAGUAAUUAUAUGAAAAUAUAGUAAUUUGGAAUUCUUUUGAGAAAAAGCAAAAGUGUUAGCGACGAUCGCGACAAAAAUUGAGACAAAGUUAAUGGUGCAUGCUGCAGUGAACCCGAAAUCGCGUAAUAGUUUUUUAAUUACGUGAUUCUUUAACCAUUUUUAUUGUGAAAACGAGAAUUUCGCGAGCAAUUUUGGUGCCAUAGUGGGAGUGACGCCACGCACCGCCGGCGUAAACGUAAUUCGCGUAAAUCAAUCGUGCGUGUUAAAUAAUUAUUGCAAAGAAAAACAAUAAACCGAAAAAACGCAAAAGUAACAAAAAAAAAAAAUACUUAUCAAAUAUAACAAUAUAAUUUUGGGCUGUCACAAGCUAACGUACCUGGACGCAAGAGUUUUUACUAUAAAAUUCGCCACCACAAACAAUGGAGUUCAUUUCAAAUCUAAUAAAACGUCCAAUAAGUUUGGUGCGCAGCGAUUCGCUACCACCAACGUCAAACGAUCAACAAGGACCAGCCACGAAUAAUUCACGUCCUAACACACCACAACACACAACCGCUCCAUCGCAAUCGCCAUUAUUAGCCUUUGACCGCGCCAAUACGCCGGAUCCACUGCAACAACAAUUUGUCAAUUCGCUAGUAGUGGCAUCCAAUAUAAUGGACGCAAUGAAUGGGCGCGAUGAAUUUCGUCCCAUAGCUGUGGCCGCAACAACACGCUCCUCUCCGCCAAUUAGUCAAUCACCUACAAAGGCAUCGUCACCAUCACGUUCAUUACAAGGCAGCACCAGCAGUAAUGGCAACACGCAUCCUCCGAUAAACAGCGUUGGCAACACAAUCGAAGAGUUGCUCAUAGAAAUCAAUGACAAUUUAAGCAAGCAAGACGAUCUACAUACAGAGGCUACACUGAGUCAGCACCAUAUGCCGAAUCGGCCAUUAUCAUUAUCACCAAAUGCAUUGACGCAGGCAUUGCCAACAGAGUAUAACGCAAUUUGUCCCAAAAACGUUAAUCAAAAAGCCACGUCCUCAACGCAAUCUAUAGAGCCAUUGUCUUCAUCGACGUCGCAACUAAAAUCAGCUGCUAUGGCACCUGUGGCUGAUAGCGUUUCCACGACAUCUAUAAAAGAGAGCGAGACUGAACCGAAAGCUGGGCCUUUCGGUGGACCCACUCCGGUGUCGCUUAAAACGGGUGCUCAUACAGAUAGACCUUUUAAAUUUGGUGAUGCAACAGGCGACUUGAGUGAAACCAAAAUGCCAGAAAUGCCUACAGCGCUGAAUCUAAUUACGGAAGAUCGUACCAAACUAACAUUUGAAGAUGGUCUUAUACCGACAUUAACAGCAGCCAUAAAUGAGCAUGAAAAACAUGAUAGCACUUUUGGAAAAGACGAAUCCAAUUUGCGUCAGCACCUACAGGUACAAAUUGAACCGGACACAGCUGCUUCAUCGGACAAUGAAACGUUCACAGAAUGUCAAUCCUACCAAAUCGCGUCUGCCAACGAUUAUGGUUACAUAGCGGAUGAAUAUAGCUUUGAGAAUUCCGAAAUCGAAUCAUACUUUAGUGCUGCUAAUUCAAGAAAUGCCACACUCACUACAGCAGAGGCAGAUCCAUUAAGUGUGACUUUAAAUAAAAUGUCAGAACAGAUUGAAAGUGAACAAGGUGAUUUGCAAUCCCUUCUCUCAGCUAUAAGUGGUGAUGACUUGUUGGCGCAGCAAAGUGCACAUCCUUUAGAUGUAACUUUUGAUGAAGAACCAAUGGAUGUGGAUGAAAGUUUCACUGAAUUAAAACAAAAUGAAAUCGUUGAAGUAUGUGAGUUGCCCACAACUAAUGCUAAUGAGGCCGUUUCGAAAAUAACAGAACCUGAAGAUGUUACAAGUGCCGAAGAGACUGAAUGUAAGCAAGUUAAUAGUAAUAUAAACGAAGCUUUGCCUAAAGAUGCGACUGUGCCUCAACCCGAGACUGAUUUAGAAAUUACACAGUCCAAACUUGAGGUGUCAUUAAACAGAAGUAUCGAGAUACCUACAUCAACAACACAGAAGAACAACUAUGAGUAUAACAAUCUAGAUAGCAGCAGUACUGAAACUGCUUCGGAAGUAAACGCUGAUCUUACACAAGCAACAAUUGCUACGGCAUCACCAACUUCCAUUCACUCGGCCAAUACCAGUCUGCAUCCCAUCGAAGAAGAGUUAAUGAAAUAUUCGCUUCGGAACAAACAAGAAACCAAUAAUUCAUGGACUGGUUCACAAAAUGCCCUGAAUCUAACAGUGGAUAUGAAUUCAUCAACGAAUAGCAAUAAAAGUUCAGCUUCGUCCCCAAGUUUCCCUAUAAAGCAUAAGGGGAACUCACUCAAACAAUUUCCACGCUCACCUACUGCGACCGUGCCAAAAAGUAUGGCAUUUUUAGAAAAAUCGGAAUACACUGAGCGCAUUGAAACCGAACGCAAAAAAUCUACAACCAGUGAGCCGAAAAUAGAUGGUUCAUGCGCAACAGCGACGGUAGACGAAAACCAAGCACAAUUUUCAAAACCGGAAAAUCUUGCCGCAAGCAUUACUAGCACUACGGAUAUUCCAAGUGAGGCUGUUCAAGAUGAUUUUGUAGCAACAAAAGCUGCAACCGAUACAGUUGCACCUCCAGCAGGUGCCACUUCAAGGAAUGUAACGGAAGAAAUAGAGAAUCUGACAGAAAAAUCUGUAAACGAACACCCUAAACGACACAAAUUUAAUAUAACUGCAGAGCCGCAAGAGAAAAGUAUUGUUGGAAACAAAUCGGAGAGAGAUGAGGAUAAACGACGCACCUUUAAUAUGCCAACUGCAACACAAGAAACGGAAGUUGUUAUACAAAAAACUGAAAGUGAGAGUGAUAAACGACGUACGUUUAACGUAUUGGGCUCAAAAGAUAUAAUAGAAGAAUGUAUUGUUGGAAACAAAUCCGAGAGAGAUGAGGAUAAACGACGCACCUUUAAUAUGCCAACUGCGACACAAAAAACUGAAAGUGAGAGUGAUAAUCGACGUACAUUUAAUGUAAGGGGCUCAGAAGAUAUAGUAGAAGAGAAAUGUGCCAGCGAAAACAAUGCUGAUACAACUGAAAGGCCUCGUACUUAUAUUGUAUCUGAACCAACAUUUCCAAUGGCACCCAAUAGUGUAGAAACGAAUGUGCCUAUGGAUGUCGAUGACACAUUGCCCGCAGCUCAAGAUGUGGCUGUUAGCCAUAGCAAAACAACAAUAUCUCGAACACCAAUGCAGUCUCCCACAACAACUGUUUCUAGUUCGCCACCAAUACCGACCCUACAAAAUCGUUCUGGACACACACUACCCUCAAGCUCAUCACCACCAAUACCAACACUACGAAAUAGCGCAAGAAACGAUAAUGCAUGCAGUGUGCCAACAGCAGAAAUUCAUACAACCCAACUCAAUAUGGAUGAUGAUGCCUUUAAGGUACCACUACCGCCGUCACCAGCAUCAUCGACGGCAUCACCACCAAAGGCUGCCACUGUCCAAAAACGACCAUCUAUACAUGCGUAUAAAAAUACAGAAGAUGUCGUUGAAGCGCUAUCAGCGAAGGAGCAAACCAAACGCGAUGCCAGUGAUGAAAAGGAUGUGUUCGCUGGAAAUUGUACACCCUCGCCCAUGGAAGAGCAGCCAUCUUCCACAAGCACUUUCGGAAAUUUCGGUACUGGCUUAAACGUGGACGUGAACCAGCAAGAAUUUGCAAGUGAGCAAUUUGAAAGUGGAAAUAAUUUAAUUUUGAAUCCAUCCGACUUUGAUUAUCUACUCACAAAAGGCAAUAAUAGCGCGCCAAUCGAUCGCAAUUCGAUUUUACUGAAAUUCGAUCCGUUACUCGGUCUGCCAGUACCUGCGAAUCAAGUGCAACAACAACAACAACCAACAAAACAAACGCCACAAAUAUUGCAAAACAUUUUAGGCAAUAAUCUAGCAAAUUUAAGUCCUACCAUCGAAGAGGACGAAAACUCAUCAUCGGCGUCCAUAUCAUCCCUUGGCAAUAAUCAAUCGUUUGUGGUUGAGACAGAUAAUAAGAGGAAAUCAAACAAAGAGGAGAUUGCCAAGUCCAAGCAGAAUUUGAGUAAAAUUUCGGCAACAAAAGAGCAGCAACGCCAGCAACAACAACAACAACCAACUGUUUUAAAUAAGCAUGCCAGUAUGAGUGUCGACGUGAUUAAGGAUAUGAAUAUCGACAACGAUUGUAACAAAACCUUUGAGAAUUCCAACUCACAGCCCGAUGAAAAACAAUUCAACUACAAAAUGGAUGAACUCGAGAAGAAAAUCAAAAACGAAGUACUCAAAACAGAAGAUAUCGAAAAGAAAUUGAAAGAAGCUGAACAGCGUGAGGAGGCAUUAAUCAAGCGGAUAACGGAAAAAGACAAAACAAUAACAAAAAUGACCGGUGUCAUUGAAGCGUACGAAAAAGCAAUUGCUGAGCUAAUCGCUGAAAAAGAGCAAUUAUUACAAAACUACGAGAAACAGUUGGCGGAGGUCAAGGCGGAUCGCGACUCGAAUUAUCAACAUCUCACGUCACUCGAAACGACAUUUGCUGAUCUGCAUGUCAAAUAUGGCAAAAGCAAGGAGAUGACGCUGCAGCUGAAGUCGAAUGAAGAGCUCUUAGUGGCAGAGAAGCGACAAAUACUGGAAAAUCUGCGACUACAAGAGCAGCGAUAUGACAAAAUGAAGAACCAUGCGAUGCAGCAGCUGGAAAUCGCUAACAAAAAGCUCGAAUCGCUUAACAAAGAGCACAGUAUCGAAACAACAAAACUGAAAGCAUUACUCAAAAAGGAGGAAAUCUCACGUGCCUCUGUCAAUGAGCAAUUACAACAAAAGUCGAGAGAAAAUGCGGAGCUGGUUAAGAUAUGUGAUGAACUAAUUAAUGGACAGGGAAGUUAAGUGAUUUUAGCGUUCAACGUCGUCAACGCAGCGACCUAUGUAUAUCAAGUGUUUGGCCGAUGUGCAUAUACUCUCAAUUGAUGUAUGUGUGUUUUGUACUUGUUAUGUAUGAGCUAAGCACAAAAAGCGUAGCAUUACAUUGCAUUACAAUUACUCGUUAUUAAUAUAAUUUUAGUUGCCUGAUUAGCAAGCAAUGGCGGAAUAGUAGUAGAGUGUUCGCGUACGUGCGUGCAACAUUCAAAUGCCUGAUGCGCUUAAGAAAUGCAUUCAUUCAGUUCGCAGUCAUUCACAAACAUUUGUGUGAUUAAUUUAAGAAUUUGCUCUCAUGUUAAUAUUUAAUAUAGUUUUUUUUUUUAAUUUAAUUCUCUUUUUUAAUUGUCCACCUACAUUUACAUUCACAAUGAUUCUCUUUAUACUUCUUUGCCGCAUAUAUAAGUAAUAAUUGUUAAGUAAGUUUUUAUGUGAAAAUGUGUAGGCAAAUGAGUUAACGACUGCGCUGAUUACUUCAUGGAAAUCAAUAAACACACAUAAACAAACAUUUAAACACGAAUAUUAUUACCUCGAAACGGAUGUGUACAUGCAUGGAAAAGGAGGCAAAAGAAAAUUAUAUGAUUCUAUCUCAACUUGUUGUAUGUUAUGUAACGCAUUGUAGCAUUUGCAUAGUUAUGCGGUGAUUGUACUGAUUUGAUUUACACUACAAUGGCAACUAACUGUAUAAUCUCUUUAAAUCGUAAUUUGUUUGUUUGAAAACUCGAAAUGUUAAGAAUUAAUUUGUAUUAAAUUGUAUUAAUUUUUAGUUUUCCACCAAACUGCCGAGCCUAAAAUACAUAUUAAUAUUAAAUUGUAUAAUUUGCCGAUUUUAUUUAUGUUAUUUUUAUACUAAAUAUCUAGUUGCAAUUAAACAUGCUGAAACUCUAUGCAAUAUACUGUUUUUUUUUUUUU